UUCUCCUACACCACAUUUCAUUUGAAAAACUAGACAUGUGAUUAUGAUUGCCAUACUAUCCUCACAUUAUCUGCCUUAUCCCGAGAGACUUGACAAGAGCAGCUGCUUGUCUACAAGCGAGAUCAACUAAGGUCCAAACAUGGACAAGAAGUUGGACCUGUCCAGACUAACAGAAGAGGAGGCCAAACAUGUGUGGGAAGUCAUUCAGAGAGACUUUGUCCUCAGGAAGAAGGAAGAGGAGAGGCUUGGCGUGCUUAAAUCCAAAAUUGAGAAGGAAGAAACAAAGAGGGAACUCCUGGGGUCUCAGUCAAACCUGACCGACUCUCACUGUAUCCACUGCUUGCAGCCCUUUAAGUUCCUGGUGAACAGCAAACGGCAGUGUGUGGACUGUAAACUCUACGCCUGCAAGACCUGCAGCCGCUACAACAAAAAGGAGCGUGGCUGGGUAUGCGACCCCUGCCGUAUGUCCAGAGUCCUGAAAAUUGGAACCUUGGGGUGGUACCAUGACAAUGUACGCUCGCGCUUCAAGCGUUUUGGCAGCGCAAAAGUGAUGAGGUCACUGUACAAGAGAUUAAACGAAGAGGGGCACCGUGAUGAUGACAUACAGAGCAUGCCUGAUGUGCGCAAUGUAUAUAAUGGUCAUGAAGAUGAACAUUUGGAUGCAUCUGAAGUGCAACGUUAUAAGCAGAUGCGAAAGACCAAGCGUCUUCUCUCUGUCCACCCCAUGGAUCUUGACUUGGAUGACUAUAGCACUCACUCUCGCAGACAGUCCCUCCAGUACAUCCAUGAAGACAGAGGUCAGCGGAAUGAUAUAGAACACAACUCUGACAUGUACCAUCACCAUUAUCAUCGCAUGAACCGCAGGAAAAGUCUUGACAGGUUCUCGCGCCCAGAUGAUGGCACAUACUCUGAACACAGAAUCGUACGUGCUCGCUCUCUCUCUAAAAUCAACUCCUCUGUGGCUCCACGCCCGAUCUACCUGGAUACUUCAGAGGAGGAGGAUACGUUCAAUUACCCCGUAUAUCAGCUGCCCCCACGCCGCCACAGUCGAGCAUCAUCUCAGGAAAACAUUCAUCAGAGUGCCCCACCGAUUAAUGAACUGAACAAGAGAAUGUCUGCCAUUGAGAGUCUCUUAAAUCGACUGGAAGAGAAAAUGACUUUGUCUGCUGAUCAGCCUGUUCAGCCCACAGCAGGGCAGAUGGAGGAGGAGAAGCUGAGGAGAAAACUAGAUGAGCUGAUGAGUGACAAGGCACUUUCCUCUGAUGAAGAUGAGCCUAAGAGGCCUCCUCAGUCCAAAAGAUCUGCAGUGAGGGGGGACCAGGCAGCAGUGGCCCCUGCAUCCCAAGAACCCCUGAGCUCGUCCAGUGAUGAGAUGCCCACUGAAGCACAAAAGGUAUACAUGACUGCAGGGAAGUCCUUCAAUAUGGUGAAAAAGUUGCAAAUGAUUGAGCAGAAUACCAAGAAUCACUACGGAGGCCCAUUAACUGAUUCAGAGCUCUCUGACCUGGAGGACCAGGUCACUUUGGAAGCUGUUCAGAGCACAGAAAGUGAGGUAUCAGACAUUGAAAGCAAGAUAGCUACUCUAAGUGCUAAAGGAUUAUCAUUUGAUAAAGCCAAGAAAAAGGUGACUGCACUGAGUAUACAACAAAAAAGGAAAAUUUCUCAAGACAGAGUACGCUUUUAAGUGUGAAGAACAUCGUGCUAACUUCUUUAACAUUUUGAAUAUUCCCUAUGCCAUGAUAUUUGUGCUUGACACUUGAUAUCUGUGCCUAUAUUAUUAUAUUUCUUCAUCAUGUUCAAGAUAUUUGACAAUGAUCUUGACUAAAUACUAGUAAACCCUUUAUCUUGUGUAAAUUGUAUUAAGCAACUUGAUCAAAUCCCAAUUUAGCUAAAAUUAACAUUAGUUAAAAUGAUAAAAUAGUUUACAGAAAAUAGGUGUCUAAUAAGAAUUCAUGCCAAGAAAAUAGGAUUAAUUUCUGUUGACGUCUUUUCCUGCUUUGUUCUUCAAAUUGGUUUUACAAAGACUUUAAUAAUUAAUUUGGGAUGGGGUAUGUUUUUCUUUAGUCCAUUUAUAGUCUUUUUGGAGGUACACUAAAGAUGUAAUUUUAUC